AUGGACGUGUACGCCUUGUCGCUAAGCAACGAUCAGUACAGUUUUGGUGGAUUCCAAAUCAAUAAUGGGAGAGACGACAUCAUUGCAAUCGGCUGGGAGGUGUUCCCACGCCUGUACGGUGAUUCGCGCUCUCAUUUAAGUGCUGCGUGGACGAAUGAUGGUUAUAGGAAAACGAAGUGCAUCAACACCGAUUGUCCGGUAGGUUUCCAGCCCGAGGCUGGUGCGCCCUUUGCUCUUGGCGACAUCAUCGACCCCGUCUCUCAGUCCAGCGGAAUCAAGCAAAGCAUCACAAUCAAAGUCAUCAAGGACGGUGCAACGGGAGACUGGUUGGUGCAUUGCGGGCUUAACCAGAGUAACCCUACGUUGAUCGGUCGUUUUCCCAAGUUGCUGUUCACCGGUGGCUUGGCAGAUCGGGUGACCGUAAUCAAUGUCGGUGGUAUUGCGUCAGCCAGGACCACCGAUCUGCCUCCAAUGGGCAGCGGCUACCUCCCGACGAAUGACACUAUGGCAUCGGCCACGGCGGCGUCAUGCAGCAACAUUCAGAUUUUCCAUGAGAAUGGGCAACCUUCGCUCUUACCCAACAACUUGCCUACAUAUCUUAGUUCGGGCUCAUACUCCGCGAGUCCUGUGAUCAAUGGCAAGUUUUUCUACGGUGGGCCCUUCUAG